UCCUCAGAGCUCCUCAUCCAGCACGUCGUCCGCUUCCUCCUCCUCCGCCUCCUCCUCCUCCUCCUCCUUGUUCCCUCUAACUUCUCGUCUUCAGAGCCCGGCUCAGUUUGACUCCGGACUGGAUACCACGGACGCGCAGCGGCGAAGUCAUGGCGCACGGACCGUUCCUCUGGCUCUUUCUCCUGCAUCUCUGCCUCCUCAGCUCCAACGCUUGGGCCAGGGUGGAGGUGACCAUGCAUGCGGGCGUCGAGGUGUACCUGAGUGACUCGGCUCAGAUCCCCUGCCAGUACAGAUUCACCAACGUCGACUCUGAGCCCAGCUUCGUCGUGACCCAGUGGUUUGUGAGAAGCGCCGGCCACACACGGACGCGGAUCUUCUACUUCGAUACCGAUGCCGUGAGCGCCGCUGACAACAACACGGAAUACACCAGCCGCCUCCAAGUGACUCGAGACGCUGAGGGGACUGUGCUCACCAUCCGGGACGUCCAGCUCUCUGAUGAGAGGGAGUUCUUCUGCCAGGUCAACGGGAUGGAAGCCGGGGCCGGCGAGGGCAAGACCCACCUCAGAGUGUUCGCUCCGCCUGAGGCUCCGGUGAUCGAGGGCGUCCUCACGGGAAUAUCUGUGACCAAAGAGGGGCCGUCCAAGGUUGCAUCAUGUGAGGUGACGAACGGCUUUCCCAAACCCAACAUCACCUGGUACAGAAACAACCUGCCGCUGACCCCAGAUCCAGGAAAUGUAAACGUGUUGAGCCUGAUCUGGGAAACCAAAGGCCUGUACUCGGUGGAGAGCACGCUGGAGUACAAGGUGGUGAAGGAGGACAGAGAAGCACGUUUCUCCUGUGAGGUCAGCUUCUCCGUCCCGGGGGCCAUCAGGACAGUGGAGUCAAACACCAUCAACAUCACGGUUUACUACCCUACCACCAUGGUGGAGCUGUGGAAGGAAACUCCUAGGGGCCUGGUCAAAGAGGGGGAUGCUGUGGAGCUGCAUUGCCAGGGCGAUGGCAACCCCCCGCCGUCCUUCAUUUUCAGCAGAGAACAAGAGGUGGAUUACGACAUGCCGGUCCUCGGUCAGGUGUUGGCCCUGGCUGCAGUGACACGGAAAGACAGCGCCCUCUACCAGUGUCGGCCUGAGCACGCUGACGGGAACGCCGAGGUCCGAGGGGAAGUGCAGCUCACCGUGCACUAUCUGGAUCCAGCUGUUGUUGUACCUAAAGAAUCUGAGUUCAUGAUCAAGGGAGAAGAUUUGACCGCGAGCUGCAACGCUCUGUCCUCCCUGAAGACCUCCACUGUCUGGUACAAGGAGGGCAAACAGGUGGGUAAGGGCAACACAUUGCACCUGCAGGACGCCACCUAUGACACGACAGGAGAGUACAAAUGUGAGGUGACCGUCCCCUCGCUGCCGGCGCUGAAGACCAGCGGCUCCGUUAACAUCAUCGUUCAAGGUGGUCCUCAGCUGAUCGGGGUGGAACAGGAGGUGCAGCUGGAGGAGGUGCAAGGCAUGAUGAUCAACCUCAGCUGUGAGGCGGUGGGUCAUCCACUGCCCAGCAUCUCCUGGAGCAUCAUCGGUGGCCAGCACUGGCUCGAGACGGAGGUGGUGAACAAAGUGAAAGAGCACAUGGCGAGGAGCGUGGUGUCGGUCCAGGUCACCUCGGACAUCAGCGCUCAGUGCAACGCGUCCAGCGAGAUGGGCACCGAGGUCAAGACCUUCAGCAUCAGAGCCGUUCCCAGAGCCACCACAACCGCUCCCUUCUCUCCCGUUGACCGCAGUGGAGGGAUCAUUGUGGGGAUCAUUGUGUGUCUGCUGCUGCUCGCCAUCCUCGGCAGCGUCCUGUACUUCCUCUACAAGAAGGGAAAGAUCCCCUGUGGACGCUCUGGGAAGCAGGAGAUAAGCAACAAGGAAAUCACCAAAGACGACAUUGUCGUGGAGAUGAAGACCAACCCGAAGACCGAGGAGACUGUCCUGCUCAAGGCCGUGAACGGAGGGAAAGGGAUGCCCAAUGACAAGUAAUGUCCCUGAUGGUUCAGCUGCCUGAAGACGGCAGCACCGGAGCAUAGGACGGGACGAGAGACCUGCAGGAAGACACCACCACACAGACCUGGACAACUCCCCCACCAUGCUUUAUUCUCAGCAGUAUUCACUAGUUUUACACAGGAACACACACACCCACACACACACACACACACACACACACACACACACACACUGAUGUGCAUUUUCCUUUGACUGAGUGUUUCCUGUUCAUUCAGCUCCUCCAGUCGUUUGCACUGGGCCGUUGUUCGGAGCCAGUGCGAUGACGUCCGUGUCGCUCGAUGCAUCUUUUUGUUUUUCUGUUUCUAUUUCUAUGAAGUGUACAUAUUAUAUAUAUUUUGUUAUUUAAGAUAUUUUGGCACUCUGAUUUCUGUGGUUUCAUGGCAGCGUCUGGCUCGUGUGCACGUUGAUCCAUGUUCACGUGUCCAGGGGGAUUUUGGCUUUCUCUUUUCUUUUUUUGUUUUUUUUCAGCGUGUUUGAUCGGAUAUAUUAAAUAUUCGUAGACGAAACUUACCAACCGCCCCCGAAAACACAUAAAAUACUAAACCUCUCCUCUAGAAUCAGCCGUUGUACCACUAGGGGGCGCUAAACCUCAGCGUCCCGCCCCUAAAAGCUGUGGAUCAGACCCACUGGCGUCCUGUGAACUACUGUCACGCCCUCGCACUGAUUGUAAAUACGAGUUCAGACCCGCGAGUGGAGGCUGGGACUGUCACUGAAGGUCAAGAGGUCAAAGGUCAGUGAUCUGCCGUGCCUGUUUCUGAGAACGCGUCGUACACUGAAAUCUUUUUCUUGUGAUUUAUUUCUUUGGUUUGCUCCGUGUGUUGUUUGGGCCUGAAGGAGCGUUUUCUUCACGUCGUGCAUGUUUGAGCUUCACGUUACAGAGACGAGUCAGAACUGGGAUUUAUUACAGUUUUUGUUUUUGAGUCGAUAGAGUUUUGUUUCUGCAGAUUGAUUAGAGAAGAGGGAAACCAUAGAUUGUGUCCUUAGACAUGCAGUCUAUGAGUCAAACUGGUUUAAAAUUAAACAGGCCUAGAAGUCAUUUAAUUGAAUAUACAUCUGCAGCUACAGAAAGGAACUGGGGAUUUAUAAAAAAAAAAUGAAAUCCCCAAAACGCUCACAGCUGUUUUAAACGCAGAAUCUUUAAAACAUCUGGAUCCAAAUCGGCACAAACUGAUGUUAACAGGCUCAGAACAAUGAUCCCUCCUCCCGUCUAUCUGUAGUGAAGCAGCUCAGACGUGCACCGUGUCACGCUGCCCGAGGCCCGUGUUGUGAAUAAGACGUACUGAUCCCUCACCGUGUAGGUUGUUGUGAAAAGAUUGUUUGACCUUUUCGUUGCGUUGACGUUGCCCCGAGGACUUGCAGCAGAAACAGAGUAGUGACAUGUUUUCUUGAUAUCAUUUUGUUUGUUUUGUUUUCUUUGAGAUGUUUUAAAGUUGUAGAAAUAAUCCAGGUUCCGAUCGUCCUCAGGCAAGAAGCAGAGUCCCAGGUUCCUCUGGUCGGCAGCUCUUCGUCUUUUCACACGUUCUCCGACCACACAAAGACUUUUUCUGUUCGUUGUUUCUGGAUUUUUUUUCACCAGUGGGAAAGUACAAGUUUUUAAAAGUGAACGUUGCAGUUCUUUGUUUUUUUUGUUUUUCCUCAAUGUGAGUAAUGUUUAUGUGACCAUUUGAUGCUUGCGUGUUUUUAUAUUUUUUUGCAAGAAAAUAAUGCCAAAUAAAAAUGUUCCAUUUGAAAAGA